UUUUAAUUGAGGUGUAAUUAAUAUUUAUUAAUAUUUAAUAAUACUAAUAGGUAAACUUUGGUUUUGAUGAUGUACCUACAUUACGACGAUUACCUAUGGAUUUGUAAUAAAAAUUCAAAAUAAUCACUCGGAUAGUUGGAUGAUGUAAUAAUUCGAUAUUGAUACUUAUUCGAAUACCGAAUGUUGUGUACGUUGACAGGUUUUGGAGAACAUCAUAAUGAAAUAAUGAUUUUCCAUUGAUAUAUUUUGCAACUAUUCACAUUUUGACUUUCAAUUAUGGCUUCAAAGCUUACUCCAAAAGUCAAAAAAGAAGCGAAGAAACUGAAAUUGAAAAAAAACGAAAAAAAUGAUACAAUCAUCCAUGAAAAAGACUGGUUUAUGCGUUUUGACGCACCUUUGAAAAUUAUUUUGACUGCAAGAUUUUUUGCUGCGUUUCUUGUUCACAUUUCAGACUGUGAUGAAACAUUUAACUACUGGGAACCGACUCAUUAUUUUGUUUUCAACAGUGGUUUUCAAACCUGGGAAUAUGCGCCUCCUUAUGCACUUCGAUCAUAUUUAUACAUACUUAUCCAUGCAGUACCCGUAUACCUUUACAAAGCCUUGUUUAACACUAGAAAAAUCAUGUUGUUUUACCUAAUACGUUGUGUACUUGCCUUAUUGAGUUCUCUUUGUGAACUAUACUUUUACAAAGCUAUAUCAAAAAAAAUUUCAUCCACUGUUAGCAAUUAUUAUUUAUUCAUAACAGUUUUUAGUCCUGGAAUGUUCAUAGCUUCUACUGCAUAUUUGCCUUCAAGCUUUUCUAUGUACAUGACUUUCUUAAUUAUUGGCGCUUGGUUAAACAAAAAUUAUGAAUUUGCAAUUUUUACAACUGCACUAUCAACAUUUUUAAGUUGGCCAUUUUCAUGUUUAAUUGGAUUACCACUUGCAUGUGAUAUCAUUUUUAAAAACAAAAAGUAUAUGUUAUUCAUUAAAUGGUGUUUUAUAUCAUUAGGGUCAAUUUUAGUUUAUCAAGUUGCUACUGAUUCAUAUUUUUAUGGCAAGUUUGUAAUAGCUCCUUUUAAUAUUGUUUUUUAUAAUCUAUUCACGAGUCAUGGUCCUGAUUUAUAUGGUACAGAACAUUGGAGUUUUUAUGUACUUAAUGGUGUUCUUAAUUUCAACGUUGUAUUUAUACUAUCGCUGAUGGCUCCUAUUGCUAUUGUAUUGAGAAAGAUUCUUACAAAACUUGGGAUCAGAUUCUCUAAACAAAGCAAUAUUAAUAAUAAUUCAAUAUGGAUAUUAUAUUUAUCACCAUUAUAUUUAUGGAUUUUUGUAUUUAUAUUACAACCACAUAAGGAAGAAAGAUUUUUAUUUCCUGUUUAUCCAUUAAUACAAUUGGCAUCUUCUAUAUUAUUAGAAUAUAUUAAAGAUAUGAAUUUGCAUUCAAGUGUUAUUAACCGUUUUAGUUUUCUAAAGCUGUAUAACAAGUUGAUUGAUAAUGUUUAUAUACCUUUUCUCUUUGUAUUUUUAUUAAUGGGACUGUCACGAAGCAUUCUUUUAGUUAAAGCAUAUCAUGCACCUAUUGACACGUACACACAAUUGAGUAAUGAUUAUCUUACAUUGCCUGAAUCAGAUGUAAUAAAUGUUUGUGUUGGCAAAGAAUGGCAUAGAUAUCCUUCAUCAUUUUUUUUACCAAAUGAUAGAUGGAAAAUGCAUUUUAUUAGAUCAGAAUUUCGAGGACUUUUACCUGGUCGUUUUAGUCAGGAGUCUUUGUACAAAGUUGUUGAAAAUUACAAUGAUCAAAAUAAAGAAGAGUUAGAUAAAUAUAGCGAUAUUAGACUAUGUCAUUUCUUAAUAGAUCUGAACAACAAUCAAAGUUCAGAAUUGGAACCUAAUUAUUCUGAAAAUAAUUUACAAUGGACUAUUUGGAAAUCUAUACCAUUUCUAGAUAGCAAAAAAACACCAACUUUAUAUAGAACAUUUUACUUUCCAUUUUUCUGGGAAGAAAAUGUUAAGUUUUCAUCUUAUAAUCUCCUUAUGCGAAAUGAUUUUAAUAAAAUGAACACUAAGGCACACGCAGAAAAUGGUUCACCAAUAAACUAUGGUUUUUAGACAAGUGUCAAUGAUGUUAUUGCACAAUAAAAUUGUUAAAUUAUUUGUUCGAAGUCUUAGCAUUCAAGGUUUCAUGUGAUACAUACAAUGUUUAUUACUCCGUAUACCAACAUAGUUAUUGAUAAGUACACUGCCAAACAGCAUAUUAUAGGUUUUAGUUUCAUGUAUGUUAAGUUGCUGAAUCUUAGUAAUAUUGAUUUUGAUUUUUUUUUUUUUUUUUAAUACAUAUAAUAUAAAAAUUACUAUUAUUAGAAUAAAUUGAUAUAGUCCUAAAUUAUGAUAAACAAAUUUUAUUAUUUUAUCUUUAAGGAAAUGUCUCAUUCAAUUCAAAUUUGUUGUUUUUGUCUUACAAGUGCAUAACAUAACAAAUUUGUGCUCUGCAGUUCUCAUUUAGCUUUGUUAAGUUUUAUUAUUAUAUUGAAUGUUACUUUUAUUAGACCAUAAUAAUAAAACUUAAAUUAAAAGCUAAAUGAGAACUUCUGAGCAUAAAUUUAUUAUGUUACGCACUUGUAAGACAAAUAAAACAUACGGGUGAGACGUCGUUUUUAGUGCUAGUUUCUAUAAGCAGGAAACUAUAGUCAACUAUUUACCAAAUAUAUGUUUUCAAAUCAAAAAACACAUUACCAAACUCCUUUUUAUAUCUUUAUAUAGCUUAUAAUGUUUAUAUCUUUUUCAAAUUUAUGGUAAUAUAAAGAUAUAGAUUAA